AUAUCUCCAACCAUUGUGUACAAUGCUGGCACCAAUAAGCUGAUUACGGUGGCAGCCGGGUGCUUUUGGGGAGUUGACCAUAUAUACCGCAAGAACUAUGUCGAUAAGGGGCUGGUGGACGCGAAGGUGGGGUUUGCGAACGGACACGUUGACAAUCCUUCUUAUAAGAGGGUCUGUGAAGGAGACACCAAUUUUGCCGAGGUUUUACAGAUCUCCUACGACCCAGCCAAGCUGCCACUGAGGGAGAUCAUCUCGUUCUUCUACCGGAUCCACGAUCCAACUACACUGAACUCCCAAGGUGCCGACAAGGGAACACAGUACCGUUCCGCAAUCUUCUACCACGAUGCUAGCGACCUCGCCGUCAUCGAAGAGGUCACCGAGGAGUACUCAAAGAAGUGGAAGGCACCUCUGGUGACAAAGAUCGAGCCUAUAAAGAACUUCUACGACGCUGAAGACUACCAUCAAGAGUACUUGUUCAAGAACCCAGAUGGCUACCACUGUGAAACCCACUAUAUAAGAG